ACAUAUAGAAAACAAAAAUACCAUCAAGACUCUAGAAAUUGGAAGAUUGCAUGCCCAUGGUUUCAAGAGGGAGAGAGAGAGAGAGUUAGAUAGAGAGAGAUAGCUAUUUGUCUUAGACGGGAUAUUAUUUGAAAACAAUAGUAUUGAAGCAUAACAAAAACGGUAAGACUAUAAAAUCGUCUGAUCAGUUUUGUCAUGACUUAAAAACCCAACUAGUUAUUUGUUUUUAAUGUUGUUUGUCUCAUCGGUUUCAGCUUUGUUUUACUUUUGAAAACAGGUAACUGAAUUUAGUAUAAAAGUCCAAAGAUGUUUCUUAACCUUCUUUCCAUUCAAUAUAAAUAGUCAAAGGAUUGUACUAUCUGCUCAUCAAUCAAAACACAGACUCGAUAAAGACUCAUAUAUUUGGAGAAAUCUUUCUUCUUCUUUUUUCCUCGUCUCAUAAUGUCUAUUAAAUAUGUUUUUUUCUUUAUGGUGUUUUUCUGUGUUGUAGUCUCUGCCAAUGCUCAACUACCCCAGUUUCCCAUCCCAUUUCCUUUUCCACUCCCAUUCCAACCAAGUCCCGGUAUUCCCGGAUUACCUGAUGUAGCAAAAUGUUGGUCUUCAGUGAUGGAUAUUCCAGGAUGCAUUAUAGAGAUUUACACAUCCAUACUCACAGGACAAUUCGGACAUGUAGGUCCUUCUUGUUGCAAAGCAUUUUUGGAAGCCGAAGCCAAUUGCUUACCGAAACUUCCAUUCAACCCACUUUUUCCUCUCAAAGAACAAUGUUCAAGAAUUGCUAAAGCAGCUCCUCCUACCACAAAAUAGAGUUUUACAUUAAUAGAAGUAAUAGCUAUGUCGUUUUUAUUUUUCCAGGGAUUUUAAAAUUUUAGCUAAAUUCUACGACGUUAUCCUCCAAAAAUACGAUUAUAUAAACAACAUUUUAGAAAUAAAAAAAAUCCUGCAUUUCCUUUUAUAUUAACCAUGCGGUUCAUGACUGUGAAGAUUCUAAACUAAUCUUACUUAUAAAACAUACUUAAAUUAUACUACGAACUAAAACUAUACAAUUUAAUAUUUGGGAAAGUACAUGGGCUGCAUCUACAAAAUAAAUAUAAAGAAGAACAUAAGAGAAUGAUCGAUUUAAGAUCGAGUUUCAUUUUACAAUAAUCUGAAAGAAGUCUAUUCAUAAUUUUUAUACAAGCUGUAUAAGUUUCCUAUAUUUUUAUGUUUUUUUUUGUUUUAUAAACAUAGCAUUUUUGUGUGUUUUAAUGUAACUUUACUACUUCUGUAUCUACAUAUAUAAAUUUAUUAAAUGUAUAUUAUAUAUUAAAGUAUGAUUAUUUUUAUUAUUAAAUUAUGUGAAAACUCAAAACUAUCUUCUUCGUGAAACAUUGAGAAACAUAUGCAUUAUAAGAAUUCACUUGUGAAUACACAAGACUUGUCUUGGAACAUGUCCAUCUCUAUAUUGACUUGUGCAUUUACUAUCUAAAUCAGAAGAAGCAUAGUUAAUAGAAAAAAUCUUUGAUUUCGUUAUAUAUGUGUUUAAUGACUAUAUUGUUUCUAAAUGAUGUUUUUCUCUUUUAAAGAAGUCACCACCUAAAAAAGCCAAUAUAGUUAGCCCGUUUAAAUUGUUAAUUUCAACACAAUUCUACUCAAAAUCUUAUUAUAAAAACUAAUUAUCAUGUUAUAUCUCCUAAAAAAAAUAACUUCUUUGGCUUAAUACAAAGUGGUUUAGCGUCUAACCAUAUAGAAAACAAAAAUACUAUCAAGACUCUAGAAAUUGGAAGAUUGCAUGCCCAUGGUUUCAAGAGCGAGAGAGAGAGAGGUAGAUAGAGAGAGAUAGCUAUUUGUCUUAGACGAGAGAUUAUUUGAAAACAAUAGUAUUGAAGCAUUACAAAAACAGUAAGACUAUAAACUCGUCUGAUCAGUUUUGUCAUAACUUAAAAACCCAACUAGUUAUUUGUUUUUAACGUUGUUUGUAUCAUCCGUUUCAGCUUUGUUUUACUUUUGAAAACAAGUAUUUGAAUUUAGUAUAAAAGUCCAAAGAUGUUUCUUAACCUUCUUUCCAUUCAAUAUAAAUAGUCAAAGGAUUGUACUAUCUGCUCAUCAAUCAAAACACAGACUCGAUAAAAACUCAUAUAUUUGGAGAAAUCUUUCUUCUUCUUUUUUCCUCGUCUCAUAGUGUCUAUUAAAUAUGUUUUUUUCUUUAUGGUGGUUGUCUGUAUUGUAGUCUCUGCCAAUGCUCAACUACCCCAGUUUCCCAUCCUAUUUCCUUUUCCACUCCCAUUCCAACCAAGUCCCGGUAUUCCCGGAUUACCUGAUGUAGCAAAUUGUUGGUCUUCAGUGAU